CUAUUUGUGUGUAGUCAUCACCCAUAAAGUUUCCUUAACAGACUCACCUCCCAGCCUGCUGCAUUGGCUCCAUACAGCAGGUGAACCAAGGGAUUGCUGAGACAGAUCUGAGUCCCAACCCGCUGGUGCACAGCCUGGCAAUUGAGAAGUACGAGAUGGAGAAGAAGGCUUUAAAAGGAGAGAGAAGUCACGGCAGCUUGGGAGACAAAGAAAAGAGCGAAAGAAAAUCUCAGUAUAUUUGCAAAGGCUCAGAAUCCAGGAAUGUCAAAUCUUUCAUUAUCAAAAGGAAAAUAGCAGACAAAAAUAUGCUGGCAGAGCUGUACCAGUAUGCACAGUUUGACGUCUCUAAGCCAAACAACCUUCCAAAUGGGGUGGACUUCUAUGACAUGGUGGGCAAUGUGAUCCAGGCUGAGAGAAACCCCCUUAGUGGCAAGUCUUUCUGUUCAGAUAGAGAAUUAGAGCAGUUUCUCUGUUCUCCUUCUGUAAGAGCCAUGUGGCUGGAUAGCUUCUGGUGGAUCUUUCAUGAAAGGUACCAGAGGUUGCCAUCACUUCUGAGUAAAGCCCUGUACACCAGCUUUUGCUGCUGCUUCCCUCAGUCCUGGUUCAACACUCACGAAUUCAAGUCUGACAUCUGUAACACGAUGAGCCUGUGGAUUUCAGGCAUAUAUCCUUGCCCACACAGCUAUAAUAGCUGGGACUACUCGAAACUGGAUCCGGAGAGAUUCCAGAGAGAAGAAUUAAUGUUGCAGAAAAAAAGUCUGCUGAAGGGAAGAGAGUUUUCUUUCCGCACUUCUAGGAGAUACUCCAGCCAGAAGUCCCCCCAGAGCAAGAAGGUCUGCUGCCCUCAGAACCUCUUUUGCCCAGAAGAAUUCAAUGGAUGGCUCACAAAUACAGAAUACCUCAAAAGGUCGCUGAACACACUGGUGUGCUGGGAAGGUGAUGUGCCUGAAGAGGGCAUGGAAGAGCAUAAUUAUCAGACUCUGGUCUUGAGGAAAGCAACACAACAAGUCAAAAGGAUAUCUGCGGCAAGAAAACUUGAGAAUAUGCUUCCUAAGCCGUCUUACCCUGCCUGCAAAAGCCCUGAGAUGACUUCAAACCUCUUCAACAUUUAUGGGAAGAGCCCUCUGAUUGUGUACUUCCUCCUGAACUACGCCUCUCUGCAGCAGCCUGGCAGAGACGUGUUGAUGGUCAGGAGGGAAAAAAACAAGACCAUCCCUGAGUCCACCCUGACAUACGCUGAGGUCAUCAGGCUGACCCUGAGCAGCAUGAAGAAGCGGAGGGACGACCUCCACCAGCUGAACCAGUUUCACUGGAGUGAGUGGAAUCAUUUCAAUGCGUACCUGGAGGAGCUGCACAACAACUUCCUCAGGGAGAUGAAGAAUAUUGAUCAAAGAGCAAAAGACAAAAAACAGGCGAACCACAUGUUCAUCCAGCCUUCAACCUUCAUUGAGGACUCCCCUGAAAAGAAAUCUAGAAGAAGCCAUCAGAGGGAGAUUGCGUUUCUUUUGAGGAAGGAAAAAGAGGAGAGGGAAAGCGAAUGGAAACAGAAGUUGAACUACUCUUCCUUCUCACCAUCAAGCCCUGAUGAAUUCCAUUCCCUGGAACUAGGAAGUCCCUACAAAAUCUCUGAUAUUUCUGCUACCAGGUAGAACAACAACAG